AAAGACAAUAAACGGCGCUUGUUUGUUUGUUUCUUGUGUAUUUAUACAUUCAGCUGCAUCCAUCAAAUACGUCCAUCUUGCGUCUCAUGUGACUGUGUGGUGUAUUUAUUUUAGACAAUAGUUUACGGACAUGAGACAACAAGCAUAAAUAGAUCUAAAUCUCUUGCUAAUUUGGCAUUUGCUGUCUUUCCUCUUCCUCGCACCCUGGUGGUCUAAUUCAAAGAGCGGCUCCUCCCACUCAGGUAGACGCGCAUCUUCAUCCUCUCCAACUCACUCACUUGAGGACAACACCGUGUGGCUUUACUUCUCACCUCAACACUGACCUGCAGCGAUGCCCGAGUCUUCUCUCUUCAGUUGUCCAAACCGAGAAAGCCUCCGCCUCCAUCCUGGGGGAGACAGAGCAGAAGGAAACAGCGCUAAUGAGGACUCCAUCAGCAGUUUGAAUAGCCCUCACCUAAGACAGGUCUUCCUCGCCAUGAUGGCGCCUCAUCAGGUGACGCAGCUCCUGUCCUCCAGUCAGCUGCAGGCCCUUCUCCUCCAGCAGCAUCAUCUCAAGGAGUUUUACAAGAAACAGCAGCAGAUCCAUGCGCAGCUGCUCCAGCAUCAGACAGGCAAGAAAAGCAAAGAGCUCCUUGCACAGCAGUUGGCCUUCCAGCAGCUUCUUCUUAUUCAGCAGCAGCAGCUGCCCGCUGCCCGCACCCCUGCAGCAGCUUUCAGCUCUGUGGCGCAUAUUUGGAAGGAGAUGACCCAUGAUGAAGAUGAAGACAUUGAUAAGACAGAGACAGUCUCCGUCACUGAGACAAGUGACCUCCUGUCAUCCUCUUCUGGCAGGACCAGCACCCAAGCUGACCUAAGCAUCGCAGAAGUCCUCUAUGGUCAUGGCGUGUGCAACUGGCCGGGAUGCGAGUCUGUCUGCGAUAACUUCAGACAGUUUGUGAAGCACAUGCGUUGCGAGCACACACUGGAUGACAGAAGUACCGCUCAGUGCAGAGUCCAGAUGCAAGUGGUUCAUCAGCUGGAGAUUCAGCUCCGCAAAGAACAGGAGCGCCUGCAAGCGAUGACGGCUCACCUUCAGCUUCCCUCUGAGGAAUCCCACUCUGCUCCCGCAGGACCACCUUUGACAUCAUGUGAUCUGUCAGCUGACACGCACUGUCGGCAGCCCUCACCGAGUCCAUUACACGACACCAUCAGUGCUGCGUCGCGGGAGGAACCAUCUCUCAUAUCCUAUGUUGGGGACACGACACGCCGCCAUCACACAUUGGCCGACUCUGCAGAAAAUGAACAUGAGCUCUGCAAGGACGCUGACGUCAGACCACCUUUUACAUACGCAACCCUGAUAAGACAGGCCAUCAUGGAGUCACCACACAAGCAGCUCACACUUAACGAGAUUUACAAUUGGUUCACUCGGACUUUUGUCUUUUUCAGACGCAACGCUGCAACCUGGAAGAAUGCGGUGCGCCACAACUUGAGCCUGCACCGCUGCUUCGUGCGAGUGGAGAACGCCAAGGGCGCCGUGUGGACGGUGGACGAGGUGGAGUACCAGCGGAGGCGGUCCCAGAAGAUGACAGGGAGUCCACAUUUGAUGAAGAGCAGCCAUUUUGGACCAGUUUUUAAUGCUAGUUUACAGACGCCAUACAAUGACACGCCGGGAUUUAAGAAUGGAAACGACAAAUGCACAAAAGUCCAGCAAUACGCGUUUAAAAUAUGACACAUUCACGACCAAACGGUAAGCAAUGGUGGUCUACAGCUGGAGAGGACUCAAAAUGGCAACAAGGACUCAUUAUGACUUUUUAAAUGUUUACUUUGUGCUCUAUUUUUUCAAUUUUUUUGUCCUGUCCAGCCGUUGGGGCAGAUAGUAUUAUUGAUCUAAAUGCCCUUACAUGCUCUGCCAGGGAAACGUGUAAGCUAAACCUUUCUUCUUUCUUCUUUCCCUACUGAGGGACGAAUAAAGGCAUAUCUUAAUCUUCUGUUAUAUGUGGUAUUAUUUGGCUUUAUUUGAUGUUUGGUUCUUAUGCAAGUUCUUAGCGGACGAGAAUAAGAAUAAAAGAAAACAAAGGGGGACAAGAUGAGGGCAAUACAAAGAGAGACAACAAACAACAGCAACAAUAACUUGUAAUAAUGACAAUAACAGAACAACAGAAACAAACAGGACUACAUCAGCAAAUGUCUAUGAUGGUUAUAAAAGA